AUACGUGCCGGGGCGGUGAGGCUCUGGGACUCCAGUCGGCAUCCUGACCUGGAAGCUGCAAGCUGAGCUGCACGAGCCGCGGCACUUGGGCGACUGUCAGCUUCACAAAUUGCUACGCAAGCGUGGGCGGCAACAGCAUGGCGCGACUUACUCCACUAGCAACAUCCGUGCUGCUCCUGGCAACUGUGUCACUUGUUGCGGCAGCUUCGCAACAAAUACCACCCUACGUCAAACAAUGCCGGGAAGGAGACCCCAAGAUCGUGGACUGCAUCACUGGAGCCCUUCACCACCUCCGCCCCUACCUCUCGAAAGGUAUCCCAGAGAUCGAGAUGCCCUCUGUGGAGCCCUUCAGAAUGGACGAAUUGUCCCUCUCACUGACCACAGGGCCCAACGGCUAUAAGGUGACCCUCAGAGACCUGGACAUCUACGGAGCCAGCAACUUCACAGUGUCCGACCUCAAGUUGAGCCACGGCACUGCGCCGUUUGAGGCGCACAUCAAGAUCCCAGAGCUGAAGAUCAACGCGCGUUACACGAGCAGCGGCGUGCUCAUCAUCCUGCCGGCCAGCGGCCAGGGCACCUUCCACUCCACGCUCGGCGACAUCAUCGCCACAGUUCAGGGCACGAUCAGCUCGCAUCAGAGGCAGGGUCGCGACUACCUCCACGUCGACACACUCAACGUCGACCUGGACAUCAAGACAGUGCGGAUGCUCGUCAAGAAGGUCUUCAACAACAACAGGAUACUCACGGAGGCGACGAACCUGUUUCUGAGGGAGAACGGGCACGAGGUGCUGAAGGCGAUGAUGCCGCAGCUGCGGCUGAAGCUGUCCGAAGUGUUCAAGGGGAUCGCCAACCAGCUGCUCACUCACGUCCCUACAGACACGCUUCUCCUGCCCGCGAACCUGCGCGCCCGGAGUGUGGAGGCUUCAUCCAGCAAGAGCAGGACACCGAGACAGUGUGAAGUUGUCUGCAGCCGUCAGCACGAGAUGGUAUCUUCAGGUGUCUUCCCCGCGGUCGGCGCUGUGCUCUUUUGUUUGACGCUGUGUUCCCUGCCUGCUGAGAGGACGGCGCAGAGGUACCAAGUCCCGUACUUCAUCCACCCGUGCCACAAGAGUGACCCCCAUGUCAACCAGUGCCUGACCGAGGCGUCCAAUCACCUCACCAGCUGCUUCAGAAGAGGAAUACGAGAGCUGGACGUGACGCAGACAGAACCCAUCGUCAUUGACGAGAUUUCCAUCGCCCUGGGCAGCGGACCGAAUGGGUACCGGGCCACGUUCAACGACAUCGAGGCGUACGGCGUCAGCAACAUGAGCGUCGUGGGCGUAAGAACGGACCUGGAUUCGCUUCAGUUCCAGCUGAGUUUCUUCAUCCCCAAGAUAUCUGCGCGUGCGCACUACAAGAGCUCUGGGGUGCUCAUCAUGGUUCAGGCGUCGGGCGGCGGGGACUACUGGGGACAGUACGACGGCGUGAAGGCCAAGGUGUACUUUAGGGCGCGAGCCCAUCACGUCAAAGGGCGAACCUUCUUGCAGGUGGAAGACAUGAAAAUGGAUUUCAGCGUCAAAGAGAUCAAGAUGGGAAUCGAGAACCUGCACAACGGCAACGCUGUACUACAAGCCGCUCUGAACCUGUUCAUCAAUACGAACGCACAGGAACUGCUGCAGGAAAUGAAGCCGGACAUCAAGAAGAAGAUGGUAAUGAAGACGACCACCUUCAUGAACAGACUGUUCGCUAAGAUUCCGUACGACAUGUGGAUGCUGGAGUGACGCGGCUGUGCUGAGGGGCGCCCCUUGCAAGUGGAACAAAUGCCGAAACGUCUGCAGCCGAGUUACGAAUGAGGGCUCAUUAUGGAGCCAUCUAGUGAGGAGUGUUACAUUAACUGUAGAACACGUGGAGGGCGUGUGCCAUGAGAUUCAGCAGACACGGAUGUGCCCAAAGACUGGACAAGAAGCGGAUAAUAUUCAACAUGUUAGGAGCUUACGCAGACGAGGUUCGAAGUAGUGUCAUGUCCACUUCAGUACAAUGCACUGUGCGGUAUGUUACAGACCAGUUCUGGGGCACAUGUAUAAUAGAGAAACUUAUUUUGCUUGCAAUUGUAAAACUGUCAACGAAUCAUAAAACUGAAAUUACACAUGUCUGAAA